ACUUCUACCUCCCUCCCUCCCUCCCCGUGUUCAGCCUGGCUCUUCCCAUCUGCCUUUGCGGGGCGGGCAGCCGAAGUGUCUCUGCCCUGCUCGGCAACGGGGAAGUCGGGGCAGGUCCGCGCGAGGGAGGAAUGAAUGGUGGCGGUGGUGCCUCGGAGGGUUCAUGCGGCGCUUGGUGUGGGGGGCGCUGAGAGCCCUUCCCGGCCUAGGAACCGGGAGGCAGCGGCCGGGCUCUCCGGCGUCCCUUAGCGGCGCUGCUGCUGCCGCUGCCGCCGCCAUGGAGCGGGCCGUGGUGCGCUGCGUCCCGGCCGAGCCCAAGCUGAGCAUCUCGUUCGUGCUGGGAGACGGCAGCGCCCGGCACAUGCAGCGGGAUCAGGCGGAGCCGCUGGGCCGAGCGCUGGCCCGCAUCGCCAACAACGCCGGCAAAGGCAACGCCAAAGCCGCCAAGAAGAGCAAGAAGGCGCGGGCCGAAAGUGCAGCCGCAGGGCCGCCGCCGCCGCCCCCCGCCGUGAGCCUCUUUUGCCGGGACGGCCACGCCGUGGCAGAGGACGUGCCCAACUCGGAGGCCUGGCAGGACGGGGCGGUGCUGCAGAUCGGCGAGGCCCGCUACCUCGUGGAGCGCAACCCGCCGGCCCUGACGGAGCUCCAGCUGCCGCGCUCGCUCCUGGCCGGCUUCCCCGUGUGCCCCAAGCUCCGCACCGAGUUCGGUUCCCCCGCCGAUUGCCUCUUCCGCUGGUACCAAGAGCACAAGGUGGAAGCGGCGGCCGCGGCGGCCGGCUGGGUGGAAGCCCCGGGGGGCACCGAGCGCGUCUUCACGCCCAGCAACGCGCACGUCGGGCUGCGGCUCAAGCUGGUCUGCAGGCCGGGCGACGGGCAGCGGCGCUACGGGCUGGAGCGCGAGGUGGAGAGCGGCGGCCCCGUGGAGGCCGGCCCGGGCGCCUGCACCUUCGACGCGCGCCACCUCUACACCAAGAAGGUGGCCGGCCCGGGGCUCAUCCGCACCGUGACUUACAACAUCCUGGCCGACAUCUACGCGCAGACCGAGCUUUCCCGGACCGUGCUGUACCCCUACUGCGCUCCCUACUCGCUGGAGCUCGACUACCGGCAGAAUCUCCUCAAGAAGGAGCUGGCCGGCUACAGCGCGGACAUCAUCUGCCUGCAAGAGGUGGACAGGUCGGUCUUCAGCGACAGCCUGGGCCCGGCGCUCGACGCCUUCGGCUUGGAAGGGGUCUUCAAGCUCAAGGAGAAGCAGCACGAGGGCCUGGCCACCUUCUACCGAAGGGACAAGUUCAGCCUGCUCAGCCAGCACGACAUCGCCUUAAACCAGGCCCUGCUGGAAGAUCCUUUGCACGAAGAACUGAGAGGCUGCUUGGCCUCCUGUCCGGAAGUGCAGGAAAAAGUGCAGCAGAGGUCCUCUGUCUUGCAGGUUUCUGUUCUUCAAUCUACAAGUGAUCCUUCCAAAAAGAUUUGUGUCGCCAACACUCACUUAUACUGGCACCCAAAAGGUGGAAACGUCCGUCUAAUCCAGGCUGCAGUAGCAUUGUCCCACAUUAGGCAUAUAACGCACAAUGUAUAUCCUGCCACGCCAGUUAUUUUCUGUGGGGAUUUUAAUAGCACACCAUCAACUGGGAUGUAUAGUUUUGUCAGUAAUGGUAGCAUUGCUGAAGAUCAUGAGGACUGGGGUUCAAAUGGAGAAGAAAAGCCGUGCAGAAUAUCUCUGACCCAUCCGCUCAGGCUUAAAAGUGCUUGUGGAGAACCUGCCUAUACUAAUUAUGUUGGUGGCUUUCAUGGAUGUUUGGACUACAUCUUCAUAGAUGCAAAUGCUUUGGAGGUUGAACAAGUCAUUCCACUGCCAAGUCAUGAAGAAGUAACCACUCACCAAGCCUUACCAAGUGUUUCACACCCAUCAGAUCAUAUAGCACUAAUAUGUGAUUUGAAGUGGAAAUAGGCUAAAUCUGUUCCUUGCUCUUAAUCAAGGAAUUUUUUCCAUUUGGGAAUUUAGAAUUCAGCUUGAAUUCUAGAUUAAAUAUAAAUUUUCACCAAAAAAUCAGAUAAAAAUUGUUUAUAAGCAAAGCAGUCAAUAUUUAAUGAUGGAGUUGUAUUAUCUUUUUUCAGGUGUUUUUCACAUGGUGAUUAACUGUGCAGUCCAAAGGGUGGGGGCUGAAGCCACAUUGGAAGCGGCAGGAGGGUUGUACAGGUACUGUCCAUGCCACUUGGCACAGACACUGGCACCGAUGGAUGUACCUGGACAUUAGUCGGCUCCCGGCGCAUUUUCAGGCUGGGAACACCCCCUCCCACCAGUACAAACUUAUGCCAUCAAAAAAUGUGGCUUAAGUCACUUUAUGUUACGUGCUUUCCUGGGGGAGUAAAGGUUUUCCCCUUCUCCCCCAGUGCCUGUGCCACCGAUGGCCUCUUUGGUGGCGCCAUCCCCUGGCUGCCACUGUACCACCGUCCCCCCUUUAGAUUGGGUUGUAAGAGCAUUUUUGUUUAUAGUCUAAUAUGAUGGGCAACAUAGCUCUUUUUAUAAUAAAUUGGAACAGAUAAAAGGGUUUUGGUACUUUCAGUAAAUAGCAUGUCCGAACACUCUGUUGUUACUUUUUGAGAAGGUAUUCUGGUAAGCUGCCAAAAUGUUUACAUGUAUGCCAGUACUAUAAGUGACUCAUGUUAGCUUUCACAUUAAAAAAAACUGGCAAUUGCUGUCUCUCAGAUGUUUUGCAGCUACUUAAAUGUAACCCAAAAUUAGUGUGGUUAAAUAAAGAUCAUGUCUAUA